AUGGAGACUUAUAGACUGUCCAACUUUCCUCCUGGCUAUUCGACGGUCCACAUAGCUCUCUUUCGGAAUGUGGUCAAUGCUCCAGACAUCCGAAAAAAGCUCAUCCUCGCAUCGACAAUGGGAGGUGAUGAUGGAGAGAGAGCGAGACAAGCUGUAGAUUUUGGGUUCAUCGAAGCUCGCUUACUCGUCUCGAGAAUGCACCUUCUCAUUGGGAUCAUGACGACUCUUCAGACCUGUCUUCAACCCUCGAACCCGUCCAUCUCGUCCUCGAAAGAUACGACAACACCCACCCCUGAGUCCACGAAUGCAACGCCAGUCCCAAACGAGAACGCUCGUCUCUCGACACGUCCCAUCACACGAACCCACAACUUGCACUCUGAGAUCCUCCUCACCCUCAGUUCCAACAACAAUAUUUCGGAAUCAUUACGUCGUCACGGAAUGAGCGAUACGACUGAUGAACUCGUCGUUGUCCGAAUCGCCGAUGCGGACUCAUCAGAGGAAGCCGUGUGGAAGGAGAUGGAGCUAUUGGUAGAUGGACAAUUGGUGAAUCUUGGAGAGUUGGACAGUGAUGAAUUGGUCGACUGGCCAAGGGUCAGCAAGAUCUUCAAACUUUCUGAAUUGGAUAGACUGCCUCUCACACCGUUAGAGAUCAGGGACACGAAGAUCGCAACCGUCAUCAAUACUGUAGCUAUCAAACACGUCACAUAA